AUGAUUAAGCUAGUGAUCGGUCUGUUGUUUUUCGGUUUAGUUGCAAGCUACGAUUUCAAGGAUCCGUUCUACAAUGAGCUUCUGCUAGAUGAACUUCUGGAUAGUGACAUGGUGACGAUCGAUCGGUUCAAGCGUGCCGCACCUGAAGCAACUGAAGACAAGUGUAAACGUCAGCAUAACAGGCACAGAUGUUGCAAUGAUCCUGCAAGCAGUGACAACGUGGAGCAGAAAUCAGAUAUCAAAGAUUUGAAAAAGCAGUGCUAUGCGGAAGUUCGAUCCAAGGAUCGUACUGAGCGAGGUAUGUCGGACCCAGUGGACAUGUUUUCUUGCGAAAAAAUGAAUCGUACCAAACAGGAUAUGAUCUGCGCAUCCGAAUGCAUUGGCCGAAAGAAGAACGUACUGGACGCGAAAGGCAACCUGUUGGAACCGUCCGUAUUGAUUCCAUUUGUUAAGGAACACUUUGCAUCUGACCCAUGGCAAGAGCCCCUGGUUUCCGACUUCGUCGACACCUGCAUGAAGGAAGUGGCAGAAAAGAAUGCCAAACUGGCCCCCGAAGAAACACGCUGUAAUCCAUCUGCAUCUUCGUUCAAAUACUGCAUGUGGCGACAGACCACCCUAGCAUGCCCGAAAGAGAUGCAGGAAUCAUCGAAGCGGUGCGAUAGAGUACGCGAGAAGCUAGCCAACAAGGAACCAGUCGCCAUGGACCCCACACCUGACUUCGAUGAUAAUUAA